AUGGCUCAAAUGGUAAAGCAUCAGCUGCGCUUAAAGGGCCCGGGGCCGGGGCCGGGGCCGCGGGGCGGCGGGGAGCCGCGGGGCCGGCGCCUGUACUUCUGCGGGAGCAUCCGCGGCGGGCGGGAGGACCGGGCGCUGUACGCGCGCAUCGUGCGGCGGCUGCGGCGCUUCGGGGCGGUGCUCACCGAGCACGUGGCGGCCGCCGAGCUGGGCGCGCAGGGAGAAGAGGCCGCUGGGGGUGACCGGCACAUCCACCAGCGGGAUUUGGCCUGGCUGCAGCAGGCAGAUGUGGUUGUGGCUGAGGUGACGCAGCCCUCCUUGGGUGUCGGCUACGAGCUUGGCCGGGCCGUGGCCCUCCAUAAGAACAUCCUGUGUCUGUUCCGCCCGCGGUCUGGCCGAGUGCUUUCAGCCAUGAUCCGGGGAGCAGCGGAUGGCUCAAGGUUCCAGGUGUGGGACUAUGAAGAGGAAGAGGUGGAGGCCAUGCUGGACCGAUACUUUGAGGUUGAGCCUUCUGCUCGGGUGGCUGUCCCCAGGGACUGAACUGCCGGACUUAACCCACCCCCCCCCCCCAUUAA